GGUUGUUUCGUAAUUAGAGGAAAAAAGGGAAGUUUGUUUCGGAAAAAUACCAAUAUAUAGGCUCUUUUGUUACACUCUUAAAAAUUGCUUGGAAUAGGCUUUUUCAUCGUUUAGCAGCACCAAUAUGGCAACAGCAGUUAAGCACCUUUCAUCGAUGAGAUUGAAUGACAAGUCGAAGAACUCAAAGCACCGUGGAGGAAAGGUUACUGCGAUUGAAACAUCUGAGGAUAAAUGGAAUAUUGACCUCUCUAAGCUCUUUGUUGGUCCUAGGUUUGCUCAUGGAGCUCAUAGUAGGCUUUACCAUGGUUUGUAUGAAGACGAACCUGUUGCCGUCAAAAAUAUCAAGGUACCAGAUGACGAUGAACACGGAACAAUAGCUGCUACAUUAGACAAACAAUUCUUCACGGAAGUCACGCUUUUAUCUCGCCUCCACCAUCCAAAUGUUCUUAAGUUGGUAGCAGCAUGCAGAAACCCACCUGUUUAUUGUGUUAUCACAGAGUAUCUAUCGGAAGGUUCGUUGAGGAGUUAUUUGCACAAGUUGGAGGGAAAAACGAUUUCUCUACAGAAACUAAUUGCUUUUUCUUUGGAUAUUGCUCGUGGAAUGGAAUAUAUACACUCUCAAGGCGUCGUUCAUCGAGACCUUAAACCAGAGAAUGUCCUUAUUAAUGAUGACUUUCACCUUAAAAUUGCUGAUUUUGGCAUUGCUUGUGAGGAAGCACACUGCGAGUUACUUGCUGACGACCUUGGUACCUACCGUUGGAUGGCACCUGAGAUGAUCAAGAGAAAAUCCUAUGGGAGAAAGGUUGAUGUCUAUAGUUUUGGGCUUAUGUUAUGGGAGAUGCUUACCGGUAGAAUACCAUUCGAGGAUAUGACUCCCGUCCAGGCUGCUUUUGCUGUCCUAAAUAAGAAUUCAAGGCCUGUUAUUCCUUCAAACUGCCCACCAGCUAUGCGAGCUUUAAUGGAGCAAUGUUGGUCCUUGAAUCCGGACAAAAGGCCUGAGUUCUGGCAGGUUGUUAAGGUGUUAGAACAAUUUGAAUCUUCGCUUGCUCGCGAUGGAACGUUGACCCCGCUACAAAAUCCUUGUGGACUUGAUCAUAAAAAAGGGCUUCUUCAUUGGAUUCACAAGCAUAGUCCUACACAUCAACAUCAUAGUAGUGGUUUUGUGGCUAAACCAAAAUUUACAUGUAUAUUCUGAGUGUUCUGACUUGUGUAGUACACUAGAUCCAAUAUUGUAAUUAAUAUUGAAUGGUUAAUUGAAUACCAACCCAAUGCAGAAAUAGGUUGUUACAGUUUCAGUCUUAGUUAACAUUCAUUUGAGAGUAACAUUGAUAUAUAGGCUUUGUACAUUGAGGCGAAAAGCAUACUUUAGUUUCA